GCAGAACACUUAUUUUGACUUACAGUUUCAUCUCAAGAGUAAUUACCUUCCUUCUUUUUGUCACCAGAAGCAAAAGACAUGUUUUGUAGACAUGAUGGGAUUCAAAAACACAAAACACAAUUUCCAAAAAAUGACACCCUCAGCACAGUGAACUGUAGAGUACCAGUUGUUUAUCCCAUUACAUGGCCAGCUGGGAGCUGUGGCUGGCUGCCGCUGCCCAGCCUCACUGGAGAGUAUUGAACUGCAUAUCUCUAGCCUGGGAAAAGAUCAAAAUUCAAAUUUUGAAGUAAUCCACUCUUAGUGGAGUCUCUGGACUUACUUCACUAAUGAGAAUUUAGUAGAUAUGUCAUUUCCUGGGACCUGUGGACUGUGUGUAGUCAGGAUGACGUAGCUUUGCCAAAGACUUAGAAGCUAAGCAGAAAAUGAGCUUAACAUCCUGGUUUUUGGUGAGCAGUGGAGGCACUCGCCACAGGCUGCCACGAGAAAUGAUUUUUGUUGGAAGAGAUGACUGUGAGCUCAUGUUGCAGUCUCGUAGUGUGGAUAAGCAACACGCUGUAAUCAAUUAUGAUGCCGCUGCAGAUGAGCAUUUGGUAAAAGACUUGGGCAGCCUAAAUGGGACUUUUGUGAAUGAUGUAAGGAUUCCAGAGCAGACUUACAUCACCUUGAAACUUGAAGACAAGCUGAGAUUUGGAUAUGAUACAAAUCUUUUCACUGUAGUACGAGGAGAAAUGAGGGUCCCUGAAGAAGCUCUAAAGCAUGAGAAGUUUACCAUUCAGCUUCAGUUGUCCCAGAAAUCUUCCGAACCAGAAUUAUCUAAACCUGCAUGUGCCAAAAGUGCAGAUUCAAAGGCGCCAGAGCCUGCUCCGGAGGUUCAGCACAAAGCUACAGAGGCGCUGAAGUCAGAGGAAAAAGCCCUGGAUACUUCUGCCAUGCCCCGCGGUACUCCAUUGUAUGGGCAGCCUUCGUGGUGGGGGGACGAUGAGGUUGACGAAAAAAGAGCUUUGAAGUCGAAUGGCAAACCAGAGGGGAAAAAUCACGAAACUGGAACAUCAGGGUGCAGCUUAGAUGCCAAGCAAGUUGAGGAACAAUCUGCAGCUGCAAACGAAGAAGUACUUUUUCCUUUCUGUAGGGAACCAAGUUAUUUUGAAAUCCCUACAAAAGAAUUUCAACAACCGUCACAAAUAACAGAGAGCACUAUUCAUGAAAUCCCAACAAAAGACACACCACCUACAACAGGUGCAGGGCAUGCUUCAUUUACCAUUGAAUUUGAUGACAGUACCCCAGGGAAGGUAACUAUUAGAGACCAUGUGACAAAAUUUACUUCUGAGCAGCGCCACAAGUCAAAGAAGUCUUCUCCUGGAACUCAAGACCUGCCAGGGAUUCAAACUGGAAUGAUGGCCCCAGAAAACAAAGUCGCCGACUGGCUAGCUCAGAACAACCCUCCUCAGAUGGUCUGGGAGAGAACAGAAGAGGACUCCAAAAGUAUUAAAAGUGAUGUUCCAGUUUACUUGAAAAGGUUGAAAGGAAACAAACAUGAUGAUGGUACACAGAGCGAUUCCGAAAAUGCUGGGGCUCACAGGCGCUGUAGCAAACGUGCGACUCUCGAGGAACACUUACGGCGCCACCAUUCAGAGCAGAAAAAGCUGCAGAAGGCCCAGGCCACUGACAAGCAUCCAGACCAGACUGUUACUAGCUCUGCGCAUCACAGAGGGGGGCAUGGUGUCCCACAUGGGAAAUUGUUAAAACAGAAAUCAGAGGAGCCUUCGGUGCCAAUCCCCUUCCUACAAACUGCCUUGUUAAGAAGUUCAGGGAGUCUUGGGCACAGACCAAGCCAGGACAUGGAUAAAAUGUUAAAAAAUCAAGCUCCUUCUGCUACUCCUGGAAAGGAUAAUGAUGAUGACCAAAGUGACAAGGGUACUUAUACCAUUGAGUUAGAGAACCCCAACAGUGAGGAAAUGGAAGCAAGACAGAUGAUUGACAAGGUGUUUGGAGUAGAUGACAAUCAGGAUUAUAAUAGGCCUAUUAUCAAUGAAAAGCAUAGAGAUCUGAUAAAAGACUGGGCUCUCAAUUCCGCUGCAGUAAUGAUGGAAGAAAGAAAACCACUGAGCACACCUGGGUUUCACAACUCCGAGGAAGGCACGUCUUCAUCUGGAAGCAAGCGUUGGGUUUCACAGUGGGCCAGUUUGGCUGCCAACCAUACGAGGCACGAUCAAGAAGAAAGGCUAAUGGAAUUGUCUGCAUCUGUUCCUUUAGAGAAUGAUGCAGACUUAAGUGAAUCUGGCAUUUCCGUGAGAGGCACUGGCUCCGUGACGUCCUUGACUAGUCAUGGGGAGAGGAGGAGACGGACCCUUCCCCAGCUUCCACACGAGGAAAAGCCCCUGGAGAGCUCCAGAGCAAAGGCUGUGACACCGAGGUCAGAGAUAGGGGAAAAGCAAGACACGGAGCUCCAGGAGAAAGAGACCCCUGCACAGGGCUACCAGAAGGAUAAGCAGGACACCGACAGAGCUCUGAAUAGAGGGAGCAGGGCGCUAAAUGGGGAGACCCCGAAAACUGGUGGAGAUGGUAAAGGCCCCCUGCACCUCGGCAGCUCUUCUCCUGGGAAGGAGAAAAGUGAACCCGACAAGGAAGCUUCUUUGGUUAAACAAGCAUUAGCCAAAAUCCAGCAACAAGAGCCAAAGGAGCAGGCACAGUGGACACCUACUAAAUUGUCUUCCAAAAAUGCGUCAGGGGCGGCAGAGAGGAGUAGGGAGGAAGCUUUGAGACAGGAGUCACAGCCUCAGGACAGAGUACCGGGACAUUCUGCAAGCAAAGGAGAAAGGGUGGCCCCGAGCGAGGGCAAGCGAAGGAAAGCCGAGGAAAUUCUGAAAAGCCACCCUUCAAAGGGCGGCGACAAGAAGGAGUCCUCCAAGCCACUGGUGCGACAAGGAAGCUUCACUAUAGAGAAGCCCAGCCCCAACAUCCCCAUAGAGCUCAUUCCCCAUAUAAACAAACAGACUUCAUCUACACCCCCUUCCUUGGCCUUGGCACCUGCCGGCAGACUGCGCGACAGAAGCGACUCCAUGGAUGCUGACUCCAGUAUGGACACAACCCUGAUCCUCAAAGACACAGAAGCAGUAAUGGCUUUUCUGGAAGCUAAGCUGCGCGAGGAUAAUAAAACCGACGAAGGCCCCGAUACUCCCAGUUACAACAGAGACAACUCGAUCUCCCCGGAGUCCGACGUGGACACGGCGAGCACCAUCAGCCUGGUCACGGGCGAAACGGAAAGGAAGUCCACCCAGAAGCGGAAGAGCUUCACCAGCCUCUACAAAGACAGGUGUUCCUCCGGCUCCCCUUCCAAAGAUGUUGCCAAGUCGGCCUCUGGUGCUCGGGAGAAAAUCGACAAGAAGACAAAAGGCCGAUCGGCAGAUGCAGCCUCGCGGGCGGACGGGCGCAAGUUUGCGCAGUCGGGCGGCAGGAUCCGGCAGCCCUCGGUGGACCUGACAGACGACGACCAGACCUCCAGCGUGCCCCACUCCGCCAUCUCCGACAUCCUCCUGCGCCGCGCGCGCCUCGGCGAGGCCUCGGACAGCGAGCUGGCCGACGCUGACCGCGCGUCCGUCGCCUCCGAGGUGUCCACGACCAGCUCGACAUCGAAACCCCCCACGGGGAGGCGCAGCAUCUCCAGGAUUGAUUUGUUGGCGCAGCCUCGGAGAGCGCGGCUGGGCUCGCUGUCCGCGCGCAGUGACUCCGAGGCUACCAUCUCUCGAAGUAGUGCCUCUUCUCGGACCGCAGAAGCCAUCAUCAGGAGUGGAGCCAGACUAGUACCUUCCGAUAAAUUUUCUCCCCGAAUUAGAGCCAACAGUAUCUCUCGACUCUCGGACUCCAAGGUCAAAAGUAUGACCUCAACGCAUGGCUCGCCUUCAGUAAAUUCAAGAUGGAGGCGCUUUCCUACUGAUUAUGCUUCCACCUCAGAAGAUGAAUUUGGAUCAAACCGUAAUUCCCCUAAACAUACUCGUCUACGUACUUCUCCAGCCCUGAAAACGACUCGAUUGCAGAGCUCUGGGUCAGCAAUGCCUACGAGUUCUUCAUUCAAGCACCGGAUAAAAGAACAGGAAGACUACAUUCGCGAUUGGACUGCUCAUCGAGAGGAGAUUGCCAGGAUCAGCCAAGAUCUUGCUCUCAUUGCUCGGGAAAUCAACGACGUAGCAGGAGAGAUAGAUUCGGUGACGUCCUCAGGCACUGCACCUAGUACCACAGUAAGCACUGCUGCUACCACCCCUGGCUCUGCCAUAGACACUAGAGAAGAGUUGGUUGAUCGUGUUUUUGAUGAAAGCCUCAACUUCCGAAAGAUCCCUCCGUUAAUUAAUUCCAAAACACCAGAAGGAAACAACUGCCGGCCUAGUGACUCGAGACCUCAACCACCCGAGCCUCCCGAUCACUUAACAAUCACGAGGCGGAGAACCUGGAGCAGAGAUGAGGUCAUGGGAGAUAACCUGCUGCUGUCGUCCGUCUUCCAGUUCUCUAGGAAGAUACGACAGUCCAUAGAUAAGACAGCUGGGAAGAUCAGAAUAUUGUUUAAAGAUAAAGAUCGGAAUUGGGAUGAAAUAGAAAACAAGUUGAGAGCUGAAAGUGAAGUUCCCAUUGUGAAAACCUCAAGCAUGGAGAUUUCGUCCAUCUUACAGGAGCUGAAGAGAGUUGAAAAACAGCUACAAGUGAUCAACUCUAUGAUUGACCCGGAUGGGACUUUGGAGGCUCUGAACAACAUGGGGUUCCCCAGCGCCCUGCUGCCCUCGCCGCCCAGACAGAAGCCCAGCCCGGUGAACAACCACGGGAGCCCGGGUCCGGCACCGUCCGUCUGUCCAGCAGACGCCAGGCCCCCGCACCCCACCUCGGCGCCGGGCCCGGGCGAACUGGAGAGCGCGGACUCAGAGGCCGACUUCAGCAUCCACUUCAACAGGUUCAACCCCGACGGCGAGGAGGAGCUGGCCCUGCCCCAGUGACCCGAGGCCUGCGAGCAGCGCCGUGUCCGCGCAAAACAAGACAGCUUGGUCAAGUACAAUCUGGUUCUCUCUGGCUUUUUCAUUUUACUUAUUUAUUUUCCCCUCUAAUGCGGUCUCGCAUCCGCCCACCCAAACCACCUAGGGGACCGCUCGGUGCACAUGUAGGAAAAAGCACUUCGUGGCGAUUUGCACCUUCCAUGGUUUGAGGAUCUUCAAACUGAAUUAUAUAAUUGCAUCUUCCCCCCAUAGAUCUUUGUCUUCGUUUUUGGUUUUGUUUUUAAGCUGUGCUGUGACCUACAAGCAAACUAAACUCAGCCUCUCUGACCCCCAUGUCUCCCGUGCCACGCUGCUCCCCAAAAUGGACUUUUUCUUCAUCUGUACAGAUUUGUUAAACACUCACCUUUGCUUCUUAACAAUAGGGUUUAUAUUAGUGCCCAUUGCCGUUGGAUACAGUGGCAUCUAACCCUCCACAGUCCAACUGGCCUUUCAAAACCCAUUGUCACGUUCUAAAAUUUUCCAACCUGUAUGUGAUUUCUAUAACUUUGUUGCUACGGAAAUUGUCUUGGGGUUUAUGGAGAUGAACUAUUAUGUUUGCACUAAGAUUUGCUGGGAGUGGUCGGUGGACAUACCUACAUGUCAGUACGGACUAACCACCUUUUUUGUACAUAGGAGACUGAUGAUACUGUAUUUGUUUUAACCCCACAGCAUUUUACUCCACUUUCAAAAAGAUGAAUUUGGCACUUUUUUCAAUUUUCUUUCUUUUUUCUUUUUUCCUUUUUUAUGGAAGUAAGAUUUUGUCUCUCAUUUUAGGGCAAACGAUAAUUAGAAAGUUUAAACUAGAUGGAUAGUUUAGGUGGAGUAUAGUUUUCAAACUACGAACAUGUAUAUUGGUCCUGUGUUACCAAGUUUAUAUGUGACAGUUGGAACAAAGAAUCCCCUGGAAAUGAUCAUGAAGUUAAAAUUUUCUUCAUUGGGAGACUUGGAGAACCAGUAGUCAUAAGAUUAGUUGAUAGUUUCACUCCCAAGCAGUGAAUUGCUUCUGUGUGUUUCCCUGUAGGACCCGAUAGUAAAUCCUGUCUCUGUCUGUCUUACUCACUUCUGAGGACCCUGCAAGGCGACAACGACAAAGGCUUUGGGCCUGUGCUAAACAGGAAGCCUGUGAAAAAUAUCUUCUAUACGCUUCUUUCUUUCCCUUUCCAGUAAGGUCACGUCUGGAUAAGUUUAAAAAGAAAGUUAAUCUUUGUGUUUCCGGAACACUAUAAUUUGGGUGACUCUAAUUCAGUUAAAGAUUAUUAGUAGACUUAGAGUUCCCCCUUGACCCCACCAGUCUAUAAAGGUUAAAACUGCAACCUUUGCAAAUUUAUGAAAUGGUCUUUAAUAUUUCAGCAGUAAUCCUGUGCUACAUUUGUUUUAAGAAACGAACUGUGUACAUUCAGAACUUCACAGGAUUGUGCAAAUCCUGGACCAGUUAAUAAAGAUGAAAAAAAAAAAAUACAUUUUUUUUGGUAGAGAUGUGACAAAAAGGUCUGCUGUGUAAUAGAUCUCAUAUUUUUCUUUAAAUUUUUUUUUUAAAAGGGUAAAUGAACUAUUCUAGUGAAGCUAAAUUCCCCGUUCUAAUAAAGGAAGACUGAAAAAACGGUUUUAAAGAACAUGAUUGGAAAGAUACAAAUGCUUUGAAGGAAUGAAUGGAACAUGAACACAGGGUCAGUCCAUUUAAAGAAAAGGUCAAGCAGCGUAAUCACCAAUGUUCCCUCUUUGAUGGACGUUUGGGUACCGAUUAUAUCCACGUGGAAGUAGAAGGCAAGGAGCCGUUUAGGAAAAGAUCGGCAUCUGUCUCCUUACAUUAUUCAGUGUUUACACAGUUUUGUUUAAAUAUCAACAUUUGGCCUUUUACUGUGUUGUUUUUAUUUUUUAUGAAUAAUCAUUCCCCUUAUUUAUUUUUGUUACAUUUAUUACUUAUGUUAUUUUGUUAUGCAUUUACAACUCCAUUUUUAAAUAAAGUGUUUCUGGAACUUUA